CGAGGGUCUGGAGCUGCCCGGAAGCCGAGGGAGCCAGCGCCGGCGGCAGCAGCGCCCGCCGCCCUCCCGCCGGGAUGCGCCCCGCUCUCCGCUGAGGCGCAGCCCCGCAGCGAUGCUCUCCCCCGAGCGCCACCGCCACCACCGCCACCCCCCGCCGCCGCAGCCGCCGCCGCCGCCGCACCACCCGCCGCAGCCCAGCCAUGUCGUGGCCACCAUCGAGAACCUGCCGGCGGAGGGCGGCAGUGGCGGCGGCAGGAGCGGCAUCUCCGCGCCCUCCUCCAGCGUGCGCCAGAGGAUCAGGAAAGUGCUGAACAGGGAUCUCUUGCUGUCUGUGGCACUUGGCCAGGUACUCUCCCUCCUUAUCUGUGGCAUUGGUCUCACAAGCAAGUAUCUGUCAGAAGACUUCCAUGCCAACACACCCGUUUUUCAGAGCUUCCUCAAUUAUAUCCUUCUGUUCUUGGUCUACACGACAACACUAGCCGUCAGACAAGGAGAAGAAAACUUGCUGGCAAUUUUGAAGAGGAGAUGGUGGAAGUACAUGAUCCUGGGGAUAAUAGAUAUAGAAGCCAACUACCUGGUAGUCAAAGCUUAUCAAUACACGACUCUUACCAGUGUACAGCUCUUAGACUGUUUUGUCAUCCCAGUGGUGAUACUCCUCUCCUGGUUCUUCUUACUGGUACGAUACAAGGCAGUUCAUUUCAUUGGGAUUGUGGUCUGCAUUCUGGGCAUGGGCUGCAUGGCAGGAGCAGAUGUCCUCGUUGGGAGACAGCAAGGAGCAGGUGAAAAUAAACUGAUAGGGGACCUCUUAGUACUUGGUGGAGCAACUCUGUACGGCAUCUCCAACGUCUGUGAGGAGUACAUCGUCCGAAAUCUGAGCCGAGUGGAAUUCCUGGGCAUGAUUGGACUCUUUGGCUCUUUCUUCAGUGGAAUUCAGCUUGCAAUCAUGGAACACAAAGAGCUGUUGAAAGUCCCCUGGGAUUGGCAAAUAGGCUUGCUGUACGUUGGCUUUAGUGCCUGUAUGUUUGGCCUCUACAGCUUCAUGCCAGUGGUCAUAAAGAAAACCAGUGCUACUGCUGUCAACCUCUCCCUGCUCACGGCUGACCUGUACAGCCUCUUCUGUGGAUUAUUCCUCUUCCACUACAAGUUUUCAGGACUUUACUUGUUGUCAUUCUUCACGAUCCUUGUUGGGCUGAUGCUCUACUCCUCCACGUCCACCUACGUAGCCCAGGAUCCUCGGGUGUACAAGCAGUUCCGAAAUCCCUCCGGACCUGUUGUAGACCUGCCAGCCAGCAGCCAGAUGGAGCCUUCGGUGACAUACACCAGCCUGGGGCAGGAGACAGAAGAGGAGCCUCACGUUAGAGUUGCUUAA